AUGGAGAAAACCCAGCGUGCUUCGAAUGCCACACUGCAAUUCUUGCAGGAAAGCAAAAAGUUGGAUGCCAAGGCCUAUGCUGAAAUCGAAGCAAGCCAAGUAGCAUCGCUGAUCAGAAGACUCAACGAUGUGAAACUCGAGAUUGAUGACGCCGCAGCUUUGACUGAAACCAUUCAGUCUUCAGUCCUUAUGGAUGGCAACAAGUCAAGCCUGACCAGAGCCAUCAGCAGCAGCCUUUGCAGGGUGGAGCUGCAGGGUGGUUUUCUCAAUUACCUCACUGCCGAAGACAGAGAAGGUUUGCAGAAUGAGAUGGUGGCAACUUUGGUGCAAGAGUUCAACAUGGCCUCAACAGCCGAUGAGUGCAACGCCCUCUUGAGAGAGUACAAACGCUGUCUCAAGAGCUCAAGGGCUGGGCUGCAACCUUCAGUGCCUGAGUUCCCUGCUGACCCAAGAUCCUUUCCACCAGAAUUCCUGGAGCAGGCUUUUGAUGGCCAAGCAGCUGAAGCCCUGUUGCCAUCUGUGCUGGCUGCCCAUCAACCAGGCAAGUGGAUGAGAGGCACCAGCAAGGAGGUGACAAUGGGUGACAACAAAACCCCGAGCACGAACCCUAAUGACUUCCUCUCAGUGAUGCAGAGCAUGCAGGGCAUGCAGGCAAACAUGAAGAACUGGCAACGCAUGCAGCAGAUGAUGAUGCAAAUGAACAAUGAUGAUCAGGAUGUUGCACGGGAAGUCGACGAUCAUGCCUUGGAGAUGAAGAAAGCCUUUGAGAAAUGCGCGGCCAUGAAGAAACCAGCCUGUGCUCCAAAGGCCACACCCAAGGCCACACCCAAGGCCACACCCAAGGCCGCACCCAAGGCCGCACCCAAGGCCGCACCCAAGGCCGCACCCAAGGCAACAGUCAAGAGUGCUGCAGAGGCCAAACCCAAGGCCGGUGGCAAGACUGUUGCAAAGGCCACACCCAAGGGAGCUUCCAAGAGACCCAGCAUCACCCCCAAAGGUGGCCCAACAUGCCACUAUUUGACGGGCAAGAUCCAUCGCAGUGACACCGGCACCUGCUGGAGAGUUUUCAGACAUCAUUCAGACAGGUGCGACCUGAAGGUGAACGGAAAGGGUCACCAGCCACUGCCUGGGAUCGAGCCUGCAGCAUCAUCGAAGAAGCUGCUGGCAAAGGAGGUGCGAAGUGAGGCUGGCACAUGA